CUGAACGCUGAUCGGAUGCGUGCGCAAAGACACAGUUAUUAAAGAUGGCGGCGCAUUGACAACAAUCCAGGUAUUCUUACAAAUAUUACUACUUCGUGAACAAGCUGGGGACAAAAUCGUUUAUUAGACGUUUUGAAUUAUUUUGAAUCGUCAUAGCUAUCAGUAGUUGUGACCAGGUUUCACAAAAACAAGUGUUUAAAAUGUCGGUAACGCGUGUUUUGCAUCAACGGAUAAGCUCUGUCAUGGGCAUACUAGCCUCAGCUGCUGUGACCGAGAUUUGCAAGUUAGUGGACGAUUGCUGUGGAGCGUUACGUGUAGAAGUCUCUCAAAGCAAGGAGCAAAUCCUAUUGCUAGAGAAGCAACUCAGCCUGGCGGAGUCGAGGUACAAGUCGGUGAGUGGCAAAGGGCUGACGCCUGUCACCGGCGACUCACCAAUAAUCAACAGUUCGUCGGGCGAUUCACCCGCGGCGAAUGCCGAUGAUGCGGACGAAGACGAAGUUAACACUCUUGAGGUGGACGGUGUCAAUGGCAAUCAGCACGCUCUGUGGAAAGAGGUAUCCACAGCACCAACUGAUGAGGCUGGGCCCCUCACACUGACCCCUGGCCCCAUAGUCAGUUCCAAUGAGAACACUGGGCCCCCCGCAAUGACCCCUGACCCCAUAGUCAGUUCCAGUGACAUACCCAGAAAGCAACAUAUUACCAGUUUCCGAGUUGGUGAAACUCCCAAGAUACAACCGUGCACCACGUGCUGCUCCCUCUACCACUGCCCCUUCUGCCGACCGUCUGCGUUCAAACCCAACGAGUUACACCGGAUCAUCCCACACAUCCAGAGCCACCUGAAAAGUGCAGUUCAGAAUGACGAGUACAUCGUCUACAACUGCAAACUGACGUGCAGAGACUACCCUCACUACCACUGCAGCUAUUGUGACCAUGUACUCUGCAGAAAAGCGUUGUUUAUAGAACAUUUCAGAGCUUGCAGAAAGCGGAACGGGACUCAAAGACCUGCCCGUGUCCCAGCUCAAUCUGUUGCUCCGCCCCUCCAGCAACAUCCCUCUCCAGCCCAGAGACCUCUCGCCCAUGCAACAUCCACACCUGCCCGUGUCCAAGCUCAAUCUCCAUCUGUUGCUCCGCCCCUCCAGCAACAUCCCUCUCCAGCCCAGAGACCUCUCGCCCAUGCAACAUCCACACCUGUCCUGCCUCUCACAUCUAUACCUGCUGUCCCUUCCAGCUCCAGACCUGCCACCCCUCCGAGCUUACCAGUCGCUCUUCAAACUCUAAACACAGACACACCUCCAAUGGAAAAACCAGAUGCUUCUGCCAGUCACAAUCCGGUCACACGCCAGGAUUCGGAACCCUCCUCGCCCGAAGUGUACAGCUGCCCUCCGACGCCGCAGAUUGAGACUGAGAGACCGCCAAGACCUUCCCAAAGGGACGCAGUUCCUGUACAGACUCAGUGUGACCACUGCGGCAUCAUCCUAAACAAGAAGAACUUCAAGGUUCACAUGAAGAGGAAACACCACAAAGAGUACGUCGCUGCAGAGAACGAGGAGGCCCUGAGGAGAUACCUGGCCGAAUCCAAGAUGGCCGUGCCACCCUGGUGCCGUGCCACCAAGGUCCAGUGCGAUCUCUGCGGAAUCAGGCUGAACAAGAAGAAUUUCAAGAACCACAUGAAGAGGAAACACAAGGUGAACGUGACGGCGUCGGCCUUCCAGGAAGCUUUCGACCGGUGCCUGGGCGAACAAGGCCUGUUGGUGGUCGAGAGCUCGUUGCCCGGCUACACUUAUACUAGGACGCAGGAAAGAGGAAGGCGGAGGGAAGAGCGGGACGAUGACCUCUUUCCGGACAUCGACAUGGAAGAAGAACAAAGCGACAGGUUCCCGGACGCCGGCGCACUACUGGCCCAGGAAACGGACCUGGCGACCCAGCAGUUGCAAGGAGAGAGAGUGCUGACUGGAAUGAAUCCUCAGAGGUACCAUGGUCUGGGGAAACCUCAUCUCCUGGAGCUUCCUCUUGAGUCGCUGGUGUGGAUCUUCCGGGACGUACUGCGUGUGGAUGGAAAGAGAGGCUACUGGAACCUGUCUCUGGUCUGCAGAACCUUCAAUGCCAUCCUGACAAAUGAAAUCAUCAGGAAGUACUCCACGGGGAAGAGAUCUGAUCCUGAACCCCAGUAGUUACUGAAAGGAGGAGAAGCCAGUACAUUGUGCUUACAGGUUACUGUGAAUGACAUAAUGUGCUAAUAUGCUCACUGCAUACACACCUAUUACCAAUGUUAUUACUACCAAUGUUUAUUUUUUUUAUUUACAACGUUCUCAUUUAUUGUAAAAACAAAAAGCAAAAUGUUAUAUGUUAUCUAGUUGUUUUGCUAUCGCUGAGGACUAUCUGAAAUCCCAUUGGCUAUUUAUUCAUUCUAUAUUCAGAUUUUGUAUAUCUUUUUACUGUUACAUUGUUCAGAGUUAGAGUGCGUUCUCAGUGUGGUGCUUCAGUUAGUUUUCAGACUACUAACCCUUAGCCUACUCAAUUAAAUGACUUUUAAUUGAAGGAAUGUAUUUAUUCCUUUAUAAUUCAGUUGUAUUCUGAUUUUGUAUUUUUGUACUUGAACUAAAUAGUAAAAUCAUUUUUGGA